AUGCAUGUAAAAAUUACAAUCGGAGGAGACGUCAUCACAGUUCUAAAUGUGUAUGCACCUCAGACAGGGUGUUCGGAGGAAGAGAAGGACGAAUUUUGGAAAAACCUAGAUGGAGUAACAAUGGAAAUACCAGACAAUGAAAGGGUGAUAAUUGGGCGAGAUUUAAAUGGACAUGUUGGAAGACAGGAGGAAAGAGAAGUCUACAAGACUGCAAAAAAGAUGGCAAAAAGAGCUGAGGCAAUGGAAGAGGCGUACGAAGAGCUGGAAAGAAGACAGGACGGCAGGCAACUCCUACGGAUUGCUAGAGCAACAGAUAAGACGACCAAGGACAUAACAUCAAUGAGGCAGAUAAAGGAUGAAUUAGGUGUAGCAUUACACGACCUUGAGAAGAUCCUCAGUAGGUGGUGGGAGUACUUUGAAUGA